CUCAGCUGGCCGCCUGCACCACAUCGGACUAUUGCUACUACCACGUGUGCAUCGUUAUCUGUCUACACUGUGUUGCCUAUAAAUACGUUCUACACUUUUCAAUAAACGUUCUUUUCAUUCUGCUGACUACGUUGAUACAUUGCUGGUCCGGCGCUGCUAUGCGCACGCCAUGGCUAUGCUACAGUGGCGACGAAGAUGUACACCACCCAUGCAGUGAAAGACGACCCUGAACCUGACGCUACGAAAAACCGAGCAACCAAGGCGAUCAUGGCUCACCACCAGCUUCCGGACUUCGAAGAAGGCAAAGAUAAGUGGACGCCAUACCUGAUUAAAGUCGAAGCAUACUUCGAAGCGAAUGCCAUUGAAGACUCGACUAAGAAAAGAGCAUUGCUGGUGGCUGCCUUAAGCACGCACACGAUACAAGUACUGGCAGGGAAGGUGGCUCCACGCAAGCCGAAUGCGCUGACGUAUGAAGAAGUCGUGGCAGUGUUGAGUGAGCACUACGAUCCCAAGCGACAUGAAAUCACAGAAAGUUACAAGUUUUUCAGUCGGUGUCAAGCGGAGGGGGAGCCCAUUAAUGAAUUUCUAGUCGACAUUCGCCGAAUCGCUGAUAAUUGCAAUUUUGGCAGUGCUUUAAAUCGCAUGCUACGAGAUCGCAUUGUGUGUGGUGUCCAGUCAAAGGCACUGCAGAAGCAGCUACUUGUGAAGCAGGAAUUAACAUUAGAAGACACUGAAGUGAUGGUCCUCUCAGCUGAAGCUGCAGAUAGUGGCGUGAAAAACAUGAAAGGAUCGGCCUUGGCACCAGUGUUGAAAGUAGAAGCGUAUCAGCAGAAGACACCGCAAGACGAGAGGCGGAGUGCUGCACGCCAAGAAUGCUCAAGAUGCGGUAGUGCAAAGCACAAUGAGACCUGUUGCACGUGGUCUAACGCUCGCUGUUAUCGCUGUGGAGGACGCGGUCACCUUGCAAGGAAAUGCCGAAGCCGCGGUGCUCGCGAGCAAGGAACAGCAAGGAGGGCACAAACCAACAUUCUCACGGGGAUGGAAGGUUCGACAGACGACGAACACGAAGCAGCGCACAUCUGGACCUUGGCCUCGGAACGGAAGAGCUGUCUGGUACCACCAAUUCGCCGGACGUUCUCUUGGUGUGGUGUGCAGCUUACCAUGGAAGUCGAUACUGGGUCGCCCGUUUGUGUCAUCCCACGUCAACUGUACGAGACGCACCGCGACCAAUGGCCGAAACUGAGACCAUCCAGUGUGAAAUUAUCCUGCUGCUCAGGACGACUGCCAGUGCUUGGGGAGAUUGCGCUCAGUGUUUCACAUAAGGGAGCGACGGUGGAGUGCGCGCUGACCGUGUUAGACUGUGCGGGACCAAGCCUCUGCGGUCGAGAUUUAAUUCAGCUGCUGAACGUCGCUGGUGUUCCGGUGGUUUGCGUUGCAGGAGUCUCGGAGCCCACAGAACAAACGGGCAAGUCCAGUGUGAACAGCAUAUUCAACGACUUCCACGACGUGUUUUCCGAGGAACUGGGGCUCAUCACAGGCCCUCCGGUCAGUCUGCACCUAAAGGAAGGCGCCGUACCUAAGUUCUGUCGGGAAUUUACCUUGGUGACUGACCACCAGCCGUUGCUGGGCCUGUUGAGGUCAGACAGGCAGACGCCCACCAUGGCCGCUGCCCGGAUACAACGGUGGGCACUUCAGCUGGGGGCCUACCGGUACCAGCUGCAGUACGCCCCAGGACGACAGAUGCUGAAUGCGGAUGCCCUAAGCCGACUGCCGCUGCAAACUACGGAAACUGAAGACGACGGUGAGCCACUCGAAUAUGUACUCUCGCUAAACCAGCUGAAAGGGGGUGCCGUGACAACGCGUGAGCUGAAGGCUUUCACCGCGUCAGACCCUGUCCUGGUAGAAGUCAAACGAUACAUACUACAGGGGUGGCCCAGACACGCAAAUGGGCUGGCAAGGGACAUACUGCCAUUUUUUGACCGUAAGCUAGAGCUGUCCGUUGCACAUGACCUUGUUUACUGGGGCAAUAGGGUCAUAAUACCAGCCAAAGCAAGAGUACCAGUGCUGCAGCUUUUACAUGAGACUCACCAGGGUUUGCCGGCAAUGAAAUCUGUCGCUCGCUCUUUGUUUUGGUGGCCAGGCCUAGACAGAAAUAUUGAAGAGGUGUCUGCUCAGUGCCAGAACUGUGUUCAAAAUUUACCGAUGCCAACCGCGGCGCCCGUUGUCAAGUGGCCUGAAACCGGCGAAAGGUGGUCCCGCAUCCACAUUGACUACGCGGGGCCGAUCUGCGGCAAAAUGAUACUCGUCGUAGUUGACGCCCACACGAAAUGGCUCGAAGCCGUACCUCUGUCACAUGCUUCAACGGAAACCACCAUUAACUGUGUGCGUGGCAUUUUCAGCAGGUUUGGGAUACCACGCACAAUCGUUUCCGACAACGGGACUCAGUUUUCCAGCCAUGAUUUUGAGGAAUUCGUGGCAAACAACAACAUAGUGCACCUCCGAUGUGCUCCUUACCACCCCCAGUCUAAUGGUGCAGCGGAAAGGGCAGUGCGAACUAUCAAAGAUCGCCUUCGAAAAAUGAGGAGAGGGAAGCUGGAGGAGAACCUGAUACGCUUGCUGUUUAACUAGCGGAGGACGCCACAAAAGUGCGGUAAAUCCCCAGCAGAGUUGCUCUUAGGUUACCAAAUACGCUCACGGUUGGAC